AUGGACGCGUCCUCCGACCCGUUCGGGUGGCUCUGCGACGACCCCGACGACCGCGGCGCGAGGGUCGACCGCGACGCGCGCGCGCACGACCUCGCCUUCGCGCUGGGACUGAGCCCCCUCCCAACCGCCGCGCCGUUCCCCGCGCCGCUCGGUCUCGGGUCGCUCGCGUCGUCGCUCGACGCGGACGACGACGACGGCGACGGCGACGACGACGCGUGGCGCGCGAUCGCGCGCUCGCUGCUCUUAGAGGACGCGACGCCGCCGCUCGCGUCGCCGUCCGCGAGCGGCGGCGGCGGCGACCGCGACGCGCCUCUGCCGUGGAGCGAGGACGCGCGAGGCGACGGGCUCCUCCUCGAGCUCGACGCGACGCGCGUCGCCUCGCCGACGACGUUCGGGGGCCUCGACCCUUGCGAGCUCGGCGUGGCGAUGACGCGCGUGCUCUCGGUCGCGAAGACGGAGACGCUGCUCGCGUCGAUGUCCGCGAAGAAGGAGCUCGCGUCGGAGGGAGGGGGGGGGGCGGGCGCGGGGGGUAAGAAGUUCGGCAGCGCGGCCAGAGCGGCGGUGCACUCUCUGCUCGCGAGCGCCGCGCGCGCCGACCCCGCCGCCGCCGCGUCCGCCCAAACCGCCGCCGAACCGCCCGGUGACGCGACGCGAGGAGACGUUUCAUCAGGUGGUUUCGGUGGUCCGGAUGAGAAUCCACCCCCGAAGCCGAAGCCGAAGCCGAAGCUCAAGCCGAAGCCGAAGCGCGCGCUCCCGCCGCCGCCGCGGUCGAACAAGCCCCCGGGGGUGAUCCCCCCGGGGAGAAGCAGCAAAUUCCGCGGCGUCACGAAGCACCGAUGGACCGGGCGGUUCGAGGCACACUUGUGGGACUCCGCGUCCGAGCGCACGAACGCCAAGCCGGGCGGUCGAAGGAAGGGCAAGCAGGUCUACCUGGGCGGGUACGCGAGCGAGAAGGAAGCCGCGAGGGCGUACGACAAAGCUGCCAUCAAGUAUUGGGGCGACGCCGCGCACUUAAACUUCGACAGAGGCGACUACGUCGAAGACAUGCGUCACAUCACGACGUUGACGACAGCCGCGCUCGUCGCGUCUUUGCGUCGAUCCAGCAGCGGGUUCUCCCGCGGCGCGUCCAAGUUCCGAGGCGUGACUCGGCAUCACCAGCACGGCCGCUGGGAAGCGAGAAUCGGCCGCGUUCUCGGGAACCGGUACCUGUACCUCGGGACGUUUUCGUCCGAGGAGGAGGCGGCGAGGAGUUACGACAAAGCCGCGCUCAGAUACCGCGGGCCCAAGGCGGUGACGAACUUCGGGAGAAGCGAGUACUCCGUCGCGGAGAUCGCGUCGAUGCCGCUGCCGCUGCCGCUGCCGCUGCCGCGCGCGUCGUCCGAGGGCGCCGCCGCCGUCGACGCGGUCGCCGUCGCGGAAAAAAACGCAUACGCCACCGCCGCCGCCGCCGCCGCCGCCGGAGGCGUGCUCGUGCUCGCGUCCAAGGCGGCGACGGCGACGGAGCUCGCCGGCGGGUUCGCGUCCCACCCGCUCGACUCCGCGGUCGUCGUGCGGAGGAUGCGGACGAGAGACAGCGAGUGCGACUCGCACAUCACGUCGCUGAGCUUGAACUUCGAGGGGUGGGCGGACGCUCCCCCCGCGACGCGCGCGCGCGACGACGCGAACGACGAGACGGUCUGA